GUGGUGACUGUCUACUUAGGUUGUCCACUGUAUUGCCUGUAACGGUCUUUUCUUGUAUCUCCGCAGGUGUGUAUGCGUUUGUGUGUUAUGGUGACGUCCGGUGUGUGAGGCCUGUGACAGGAGACCCACUGCCUCCUCCCCUUCAGCAUGUCUGUACCCCAGGUGAGACCUGGUGAUCACAAACAAAGAUGGCUUCAUGUUGAAUAGAGAGAUUACACUAAAUGUUGAAUAGAGAGAUUACACUAUGUGUUGAAUAGAGCGAUUACACUAUAUGUUGAAUAGAGCGAUUACACUAUAUGUUGAAUAGAGCGAUUACACUAUAUGUUGAAUAGAGCGAUUACACUAUAUGUUGAAUAGAAAGAUUACACUAUAUGUUGAAUAGAAAGAUUACACUAUAUGUUGAAUAGAGAGAUAACACUAUGUUGAAUAGAGAGAUAACACUAUGUUGAAUAGAGAGAUAACCCUAUAUGUUGAAUAGAGAGAACACUAUAUACAGUCGUAUGAAAAAGUUUGGGCACCCCUCUGAGGCUGCAUAAUAAUUUACUCUGUCGUCACAGAAAAUGAUCACAGUGGCAUGCCAUUCAUUUUCUAAUUAAAGCUGAGUACUGGGGUAUUGUCCAGACAAAGAUUUUUAGUGUAGCAAUAUUAAGUUGUAUGAAAUUAAAUCAGAUGUGAAAAAUAGGCUAUGCAAACAUUUGGGCACCCUUGUCAUUCUGUUGAUUUGAAUACCUGUAACUACUUAGCACUGAUUAAUUGGAACACACAAUUGGUUUGGUGAGCUCAUUAAGCCUUGAACUUCAUAGACAAGUGCAUCCAAUCAUGAGAAAAGGUAUUUAAGGUGGCCAAUUGCAUGUUGUUGUUCUCUUUGACUCUCCUCUGAAGAGUGGCAACAUGGGGCCCUCAAAACAACUCUCAAAUGACAUGAAAACAAAGAUUGUUCAACAUUAUGGUUUAGGGGAAGGCUACAAAAAGCUAUCGCAGAGAUGUAAGCUGUCAGUGUCCACUGUGAGGAACAUAGUGAGGAAAUGGAAGACCACAGGCACAGUUCUUGUUAAGGCCAGAAGUGGCAGGCCAAGUAAAAUAUCGGAGAGGCAAAGGCGAAGGAUGGUGAGAACGGUCAAAAACAGCCCACAGACCACCUCCAAAGACCUACAACAUCAUCUUGCUGCAGAUGGUGUCACUGUGCAUCGUUCAACAAUUCAGCGCACUUUGCACAAGGAGAAGCUGUACGGGAGAGUGAUGCGGAAGAAGCCUUUUCUGCUAAACACGCCACAAACAGAGUCGCUUGAGGUACGCAAACGCACAUUUGGACAAGCCAGCUUCAUUUUGGAAUAAGGUGCUGUGGACUGAUGAAACAAAGAUUUGAGUUAUUUGGUCAUAACAAGGGGCGUUAUGCAUGGCAGCAAAAGAACACAGUGUUCCAAGAAAAACACUUGCUACCCACAGUAAAAUUUGGUGGGGGUUCCAUCAUGCUGUGGGGCUGUGUGGCCAGUGCCAGUACUGGGAAUCUUGUUAAAGUUGAGGGUUGCAUGGAUUCCACUCAAUAUCAGCAGAUUCUUGGGAAUAAUGUUGAAGAAUCAGUCACAAAGUUGAAGUUACGCCGGGGCUGGAUAUUUCAACAAGACAACGACCCAAAACACUGCUCAAAAUCUACCCGGGCAUUUAUGCAGAGGAACAAGUACAAUGUUCUGGAAUGGCCAUCCCAGUCCCCAGACCUGAAUAUCAUUGAGAAUCUGUGGGAUGAUUUGAAGCGGGCUGUCCAUGCACGGCAACCAUCAAACCUAACUGAAGUGGAGGUGUUUUGUAAGGAGGAAUGGUCCAAAAUACCUUCACCCAGAAUCCAGACUCAUUAGAGGCUAUAGGAAGCGUCUAGAGGCUGUUAUUUUAGCAAAAGGAGGCUCUACUAAAUAUUGAUGUGAUUUUUCUGUUGGGGUGCCCAAAUGUAUGCACCUGUCUAAUUUCGUUUUGAUGCAUAUUGCAAAUUUUCUGUUAAUCCAAUAAACCUCAUUUCACUACCGAAAUAUUACUGUGUCCAUCAGUUAUUUGAUAGAUCAAAAUAAAAUUGCUGAUCCAAACACCCAAUUAUUUAUAAAUGGAAAUUGUCAGGGGUGCCCAAGCGUUUUCAUACGACUGUACCACCUGCCAUUGACUUAGUUGUAACCCUGAACUAGCUCACCUGAUUCACCUAUUCAGGGGCUUGACGAUUAGUCGACAAGUUGAAUCAGUUGUGCGAGCCACGGAGUAGUUAAAAUACAUGGAACGUCUGGGGGUCCCUGAGGAAACAUUGGAGAACCCCUGCACUAUACCACCCAUUGUCAUUGAACUGGUUUAUUGCAGGGUUGGGGUCACUACACUUUCAAUCCAGAAAGUAAACUGACAUUUUCCUCAUUGCUUUUCUGAACAUUUCCUCUCUCCCUCAGACUGAAACAUGGCCGCAGGGCACGGAGUGUAUGGCCAAGUACAACUUUAAGGGCACCACAGAGCAGGACCUGCCCUUCAACAAAGGAGACGUCUUAACCAUCAUCGUCGUCACUAAGGUAAAGUACCUAACUCUCUAUGUUAGGAAGCAGGUAGUAUUUUACCACAGCCGCCAUGUCUCUGGCAAGCGAGACUAGAAAACAGGCCAAAAUGGUUUAUCGUUUGAGUAAGGAGAAACGUAUGCUCAAUCUUUCACAUUUCUGUCAUGUUUCUAAAGAAAAUAGUUUAGAUUUUUUUUUUGAAGGGGGCAUAGUGCUAAAUAAUAUUUAACAAUCUAGAUUAUAAACCUAACUAUCUGCCUCCAUUGAAUAUAGUUAAACCAUGUGCAAUUAAGUAUUAUGAUUUUAGAUGACUAUCAAGAAAUGGUCAUGAGAAGCGAAUGCAAAACGCAAGUGUUAUGUUAUUAAAUAUCAUUGUAAAAUGAACUAAAUCAAAUGUAAGGCAUAAUGCUUUAGUUACAAGGCAAUACUGACAUUAACAUAGCAUUCACAAUCUAGGCAUACAUACAUAUCUAACGGGGUUACAAGACAAAGCAUAAACAAAGAGAUGCCUACUAGGCCAUAGGAAAUUAGACUUGAUCAUACAACUUUUCCAUAGAGGGCUUAACAAGGACGAGGGAGAAAAUACUUUCAUUCCAUUUAUACCAGAUCUGACUUCAAAAUCAAUUGUUGACCAAUCCACAGACCAAACCAAAGGUAAUACAACUAAGAUAUUCAAUUAGAUGGAACAAGCCAGCAUCCUCUAGGAAGGGGGUCACAUCUGUGUGAUAGUCUGAGGAGGUGGGCUGUAAAUCAUUUUACAUUUACAUUUUUAGUCAUUUUAGCAGACACUCUUAUCCAGAGCGACUUACAGUUAGUGAGUGCAUACAUUGUCCUUUGUGUUUUCCUGGGUAUUCACCAUGCGGCCCAAGGUGACAGAGAGCACAUCAUGUAGGGCCAAGCCUACAGAGGGUUUCGGUAAUGUUGUCCAUCUCUCUAUGUUAUUUACUCAGUCAACCCUGAUCUUCUAAUCAGAGUAAUGGUGACAUGUUCUGUCCCAGGACCCCAACUGGUACAAAGCCAAGAACACCGCAGGUCGAGAAGGCACCAUCCCAGCUAACUAUGUCCAGAAGAGGGAAGGGGUGAAGCAAGGAGGCAAGCUGAGUCUAAUGCCGUAAGUACAGUACAGUCUCCAUAGCCUGGUUAAACCAGUCUGAAUCCUUCAAAACGUUGCUGGAGGUACAGCACAGUCUCCAUAGCCUGGUUAAACCGGUCUGAAUCCUUCAAAACGUUGCUGGAAGUACAGCACACUCAUCACUCCAUGUACUGAAAUGACUUCCCAUCAAUACACUGCCAGUGUUGUGUUACAUGAAUCACCAGUGUUGUGUUGUUACAUGACUCAUUUACAUUUACAUUUACAUUUUAGUCAUUUAGCAGACACUCUUAUCCAGAGCGACUUACAGUUAGUGAAUAAAAAAAAAAAAAUUAUACUGGCCCCCCGUGGGAAUCAAACCCACAACCCUGGCGUUGCAAAUGCCAUGCUCUAUCAACUGAGCUACAUACCUGCCGGCCAUUCCCUCCCCUACCCUGGACGACGCUGGGCCAAUUGUGCGCCGCCCAUGAGUCUCCCGGUCGCGGCCGGCUGCGACAGAGCCUGGAUUCGAACCAGGAUCUCUAGUGGCACAGUUAGCACUGCGAUGCAGUGCCUUAGACCACUGCACCACUCAGGAGUAUGAGUGUUGUUGUUACAUGACUCACCGGUAGUGUAGUAACAGAAAAGAUGGCUUUCAGGAGUACCAUUUAUGGUCAACAGUCAAUAAGUUACUAGGGUAGAUUUUAAGUUUAUUAUGCCAUUUUGUAUGUAUAUAGGAAUGUGUUUUUUGUAAGAGCUCUCAUCAAUUAAAGAAUAAACACAUUCAAUGUAAAGUAUAAUAUAAAGUGAAAGCAAACUAUUAAACAUUUAAGAGAGGACUUCAUUUCUAGUUCACCGCUCAGUGACUGAUACUAACUCAGGUUGAAAGUUUUUCAGUAUGUUUCUGUGUGAUUGUAGAGUGCAGAAAGGCUGUUUGUCGGUAUGUUUAUGUGUGAUUGUAGAGUGCAGAAAGGCUGUUUGUCGGUAUGUUUCUGUGUGAUUGUAGAGUGCAGAAAGGCUGUUUGUCGGUAUGUUUCUGUGUGAUUGUAGAGUGCAGAAAGGCUGUUUGUCGGUAUGUUUCUGUGUGAUUGUAGAGUGCAGAAAGGCUGUUUGUCGGUAUGUUUAUGUGUGAUUGUAGAGUGCAGAAAGGCUGUUUGUCGGUAUGUUUCUGUGUGAUUGUAGAGUGCAGAAGGCUGUUUGUCGGUAUGUUUCUGUGUGAUUGUAGAGUGCAGAAAGGCUGUUUGUCGGUAUGUUUCUGUGUGAUUGUAGAGUGCAGAAAGGCUGUUUGUCGGUAUGUUUCUGUGUGAUUGUAGAGUGCAGAAAGGCUGUUUGUCGGUAUGUUUCUGUGUGAUUGUAGAGUGCAGAAAGGCUGUUUGUCGGUAUGUUUCUGUGUGAUUGUAGAGUGCAGAAAGGCUGUUUGUCGGUAUGUUUCUGUGUGAUUGUAGAGUGCAGAAAGGCUGUUUGUCGGUAUGUUUCUGUGUGAUUGUAGAGUGCAGAACGGCUGUUUGUCGUGGCAGUGCAGCCGCUGUUAUGUGAAUCUAAUCCACAGUUGGGCUGCGUCCUGGCUCUGUCUACUCAGCUCUGUAAUUGCAGUGCACUGUGUCUGUUUCCAGCACCACUGUCUGCUCUGUGCACGCUGCACAGUUUCCUGUUGUUCUCUUUCAAUCUCCCACUUUCAGCCACAUGCUUAAGUUCUGAGAAAAGUGUGUGUGUGUGCAUUGAGAUGUAAAUGUAUGAAUGCGUCGAGAUGUACAUUAACUGUGUGUGUGCAUGACUCCUUGUUGUAAAAGAAAAGCACAUUGUGACUACAAAUUUGAUUGCCCCCCCCCCCCCUUCCAGAUGGUUCCAUGGUAAGAUCACCAGGGAACAGGCAGAGAGUCUCCUGAUCCCCCCAGAGAUGGGCUUGUUCCUGGUCAGAGAGAGCACCAACUACCCCGGGGACUACACCCUGUGUGUCAGCUGUGAUGGCAAGGUGGAGCACUACCGUAUCGUCUAUAAGGAGGGCAAGCUCAGCAUCGACGAGGAUGAGUUCUUCGAGAACCUCAUGCAGCUGGUGGAGGUACAGGGGGAAGACACAUAUAAGACACCCAAUCGCUCCCUACUCCCUGACCCUGACCCUUACCCUUGACCCUUACCAUUUGAUGGUGGUAGAUCUGAAGAGUCUAGAUAGGUUUAAACAGUGUAGUGGUGGAGUUUCCACCAUAUUGCAAUCCACCUUACAGGUCUGCAAACAUCAAAGGGCUAGGGCCAAGGGAAAAGUGUAGGGAAGGAGUUGGGACCAGCUACUAAAGCGAAAUGGUACCAAUGAGCUUUCCACUUGGUUUAAAAAAGCUGUCUAUUAUUUUGUAAGCAGAGUGUGUGAGCAGUGAGCACCGUGUUGUUGGCUGUACAGACAUGAUUUCCCUGUUAGUGAGGUGUUCCGGCCUCUGAGACUGUUGGCUGUACAGACAUGGUUUCCCUGUUAGUGAGGUGUUCCGGCCUCUGAGACUGUUGGCUGUACAGACAUGGUUUCCCUGUUAGUGAGGUGUUCCGGCCUCUGAGACUGUUGGCUAUACAGACAUGGUUUCCCUGUUAGUGAGGUGUUCCGGCCUCUGAGACUGUUGGCUAGUACAGACAUGUUUCCCUGUUAGUGAGGUGUUCCGGGCCUUGAGACUGUUGGCUAUACAGACAUGAUGUGGUCCCGUUUAUGAGGUGUUCCGGCCUCUUGAGAAUGUUUGCGUGUACCGACCAUGGUUUCCCUGUUAGUGAGGUGUUAACCGGCCUCUGAGACUGUUGGCUGUUACAGACAUGGUUUCCAAUGUUAGUGAGAGUUGUUCCGGCCUCUGAGACUGUUGGCCUAUACAGACAUGUUCCUUAUGGUUUCCGCCCUGGGUUGGCUAUACAAAUGAUUCCCUGUUAGUGGGUGUUCCGGCCUCUGAGACUGUUGGGCUGUACAGAAAAUGGUUUUCCCAUGUUAGUGAGGUGUUUCCGGCCUCUGAGACUUGUUGGCUGAUACAGACAUGGGUUUCCCUGUUAGUGAGGUGUUGCCGGCCUCUGAGACUGUUGGCUAUACAGACAUGGUUUCCCUGUUAGUGAGGUGUUCCGGCCUCUGAGACUGUUUGUUCAUGUAGUUCCUGGAACAAAUACACUGAACAGGAAGUGACAAAAAAAAGGAAGUGUUAGCGGUAGGUUCUAGAUCAUUUCACCUGAAGACACCUGACCCGGCUUUCACUUUCAAAACCACCCUCUCGCUUCCUUCAAAUCCACCCUUUCUCUUCCUUCAAAACCACCCUCUCUCUUCCUUCAAAACCACCCUCUCUCUUCCUUCCAAACCACCCUCUCUGUUCCUUCAGCCAUUUCACUGUACAUGGACUUAGUUGUGGACCUAAAGCGUAUAAGGGAAAGCCCAGUAGCCCAGUGUUGAUGACAUGCAUUUUUUUUAUUUUUAGAACCAGCCAAUGCUCUGAUGUUUUUAACCAUGCUGCCCUCUGUUGGUUACUGCUAGGUCCUGCUGAAUAAAUCCUAAGGUUCCUACCAGGGUUGGGGUCAACUCUAUUUGAAUUCAGUUUACUUCCUGAAUUGACAUGGAAUUGACCCCAACCCUGGUUCCUACCUACCGGUACUUAGAUAAAAAUCUAACCUAAUGUAUCAAUCAUCGUCAGUAUUGACAACCUCUAACCCUUCCUGGGCCAUGUUAUUGACCCAUGCCUUCUCUCUCUCUCUUUCUCCUCUCCCUGUCCUCAGCACUAUACCAAAGACGCAGACGGUCUCUGCACCAACCUGAUCAAGCCGAAGCUGGAGGAGGGAACUGUGGCAGCCCAGGACGAGUUCUCCAGGAGUGGCUGGGCUCUGAACAGGAAGGAGCUUAACAUCCAACAUUCCAUAGGGAAGGGAGAGUUUGGAGGCAAGUGGUCAUGUGUCUGUCGCAUGUAUGUCUGCGGUUGUGUGGGGGACGUUAGGUCCUCGGGAACAUAUGUUAUUAUCGAUCUCUCCUCUGCAUCACACCCUGUUCUGGGAUGUCUUCUGGACUCUCUUCAGUUCACUCCACCCCCAAUACCUGUUCUGUUGGAGUGUGUGAAAAUGGUCUAAAGUGGAUGCUUUCAUUCUCACUUACAGACUCAGAAUGGGUGUUUAAACCUUCUACACACAGAGAGUGCCGCUCAUUGCCACCUGUGACUAUUUAACCAAAGUAUUUCCAGGAUGUAGAAGGUUUAAACACCCAUCCUUAGUCUCUGUCCAUCUCUCCCUUCAGACGUGAAGGUAGGAGACUACAGAGGGACCAAAGUAGCGGUGAAGUGUAUCAAGCACGAUGCCACAGCACAGGCCUUCAUCGCAGAGGCCUCAGUUAUGACGUAAGUUUCAGAGCUUUGGGAGGACUACAACUCUGGUCGUUUUCAGAGCAUUGGGAGGACUACAACUCUGGUCAGUUUCAGAGCUUUGGGAUGACCGCAACUCUGGUCAGUUUCAGAGCUUUGGGAUGACCGCAACUCUGGUCAGUUUCAGAGCUUUGGGAGGACCACAACUCUGGUCAGUUUCAGAGCUUUGGGAGGACCGCAACUCUAGUCAGUUUCAGAGCUUUGGGAGGACCACAACUCUGGUCAAGUGUUUAACAUCCUUAUUGUUUUCUUAGAACAGUGUUUCUAUGAGCUGUGAGGUUUUGGUUGAAUAUGUGUUGGUUUACUGUGCAGCUAUUCAAACAGCUUUUCUAAAAUGUUUAACUCUUGCUAAUGUGUUGGUCUCUCUUCUGCAGCCAGCUGAGACACACAAACCUGGUCCAGUUGAUAGGUGUCAUCGUUGAGGAGAAGGGAAGCCUGUUUAUCGUCAGUGAGUACAUGGCCAAGGUAGGUGGCUCUUUACGAUUCAGUUAAGUAAAGGAUAGUAAAUGAAUAGUUCUAUAAAUAAAGAACCAGAGAGCACUGAAGACCUCUCUUUAUAGGGCAGUCUAGUGGAUUACCUGCGAUCCAGAGGCAGGACGGUGAUCUUCGGGGAUUCUCUUCUCAAGUUCUCACUGUGAGUAUGAUAAUGAUUCAUCUCUAUGGUCUGUACAUCUUCAAUAAUAUUAUCAGAAGUCUGCUGACAGUGACUUAUAGCAGCCAGUUGGAAAUGUAACAUUGUCCAUUUUGGUCAGCGUUGUCAAUGACUCUUUAAAUGUCAGCCGUCUCUUUAAAUGUCAACCGUCUCCCCUCCCCCGUAGUGACGUGUGUGUGAGGCGAUGGAGUAUCUCGAUGCCAAUAACUUGAACAGAGACCUCACUGCCAAUGUAAACUGUACAUUAAAUGUUGCCUGUGUCCCUCCUCCUCUGUAGAGACGUGUGUGAGGCGAUGGAGUAUCUGGAGGCCAAUAACUUUGUCCACAGAGACCUGGCGGCGCGUAACGUUCUGGUGUCUGAUGAAAACAUCGCUAAGGUCAGCGACUUCGGCCUGACCAAAGAGGCCUCAUCCAAUCAGGACACGGCCAAACUGCCCAUCAAGUGGACCUCACCAGAAGCCCUGAGAGAGAAGGUAGGCUAGUGUAACAGAGAUUUAGAACGUGCCGUAAGCUCACUCCAGAGCAAGCUUGAAAUGUCGUCAAUGUUGCUAUCGAAUUUGAUCGUUUUCUAUAGCUCAACUGCUUGUAUUUUGUCAAGGAGGGCGGCCACACGUGUUAGCGAGCCAGAGAGCCCCGAGUUUGAGCCGUGGUAUGGAAAGUUUACCCUGGGUUGUAUUCAGAUAGGGAGGAAGCUAUACUGCUUAGCUAGCACACUGACGUCGGUUUCACUAGUCACUUUCCUUAUUGUCUUUAGGAGCAUACCCUGGAUCUCAAAUCAACCCUCUAGGAACUUGUUUAGAUCGGAGGGGAUUUGGAUAGGUGGAAAGCAAUAUGGUAGCAAUUCUACCUAGCCUAUCAGAGGGCAAGAUGAAGCUACCACCAUAUUGCUUUCCACCUAUCCAAUCCUCUGAGAUCUACAGUGAGUAGGGGUUAGAGGUCGACUUGAGAUUUAAGAGUAUAUCAAUAGUAUUGUACUGCUGAUUGGCACCAUUUAUACUGUAUGUGUUACACAUAAGCUUAAAUGCUGUCUUUCCCUCUGUUUGUUGAUCAAUAGAAAUUCUCCACCAAGUCAGAUGUGUGGAGCUAUGGGAUCUUGCUGUGGGAGAUCUACUCCUUUGGCCGAGUGCCUUACCCCAGAAUUGUAAGUAUCUUUAUGCCUGGACAGAGGAUGAAUAAGGACUGAUUGGGCAGGUGUGUUACAAUUUGUGACAGCUAUAGAGUAUAUGAAUUUAAGCAGUUAAGAGUUGAUGUAGUAAAUCUGAAAUGUGGACACUGCUGUUAUGGGUCCACUCCCCUCCUCUAUGAAUGACUCCUGUGUCCACUCCCCUCCUCUAUGAAUGACUCCCGUGUCCACUCCCCUCCUCUAUGAAUGACUCCCGUGUCCACUCCCCUCCUCUAUGAAUGACUCCCGUGUCCACUCCCCUCCUCUAUGAAUGACUCCCGUGUCCACUCCCCUCCUCUAUGAAUGACUCCCGUGUCCACUCCCCUCCUCUAUGAAUGACUCCCGUGUCCACUCCCCUCCUCUAUGAAUGAUUCCCGUUUCCACUCCCCUCCUCUAUGAAUGACUCCCGUGUCCACUCCCCUCCUCUAUGAAUGAUUCCCGUUUCCACUCCCCUCCUCUAUGAAUGACUCCCGUGUCCACUCCCCUCCUCUAUGAAUGAUUCCCGUGUCCACUCCCCUCCUCUAGGAAUGAUUCCCGUGUCCACUCCCCUCCUCUAUGAAUGACUCCCGUGUCCACUCCCCUCCUCUAUGAAUGACUCCCGUGUCCACUCCCCUCCUCUAUGAAUGACUCCCGAGUCCACUCCCCUCUUCACAUUUUUCUUAUUUUCCAAUUUCCUCAUCCCACCCUUCUCCUCCCUCAGCCUCUGAAGGAGGUGGUACCACGCGUAGAGAAGGGCUACAAGAUGGAGGCCCCGGACGGCUGUCCUGAGGUGGUGUAUGAAGUCAUGAAGCAGUGCUGGACUCUGGACCCCCUGGUGCGACCCCGCUUCAGAGUCCUCCGGGAGAAACUGCACCAUAUCCUAGCUAAGGAGCUCUACCUGUGAGAGGAUCAGAAUAGGAGGAAGGGGGAGAGAGGACAAGGGUGGCUCUCCUUUCAUUGAGGAAGAGGGGGAGGUAGAGAAAGGACGAGGGAGAAAGGGGAGUUGACAACCUGCCUUUAUCAAGACCUCCGUCAGAGAUCCUCCUUCCUCCCUUGUUCAUUUUUCUUUCUCCAAAAAUGAAAGAUUCCCAUCAGAUUGUGUUAAAAGUUCACUGGUUUUCUGACUUGAUGUUGUUGUUUUUUUCCCCUCAUUCUGUUGAAAUGCUUUUGCCACAUGUUGGCAUCCCUCCCCCCACCUCAGGGUUGCCUGUAUGUCUGUACUACAGUACAGUAGUGGGUGUGUGUCUGGCCGGUGUCAAACAAACCCAACCUGCCCUGCCCUGAGGUACUAUACUCCUUUCACACUAUCACACCGACCUGAAGCGUACCGUGCUGGCUCAGAUAUGUUCAUUUUGACAUUGGAUGUAUAACCAGGCCAGUGCAGUAGGAAGAGCUAGGCUAGUGGGAAUCCAUCCCGAGCCAGGUAAUACCCUUGCCAUGUCCCUGCACUCUACCCAAUACGGGAUAAGAGAGUAUUUAACUGGGGUAUUAAUCUAUGCCAAAGUUGCCUCCAGAACGAACACAGGACUAUCCCCACAGAUGCAUCACACCUCCUCUACACGCUUGCCUUUUUUGUUAUUUCUAAGUUUUAUACAUUGUCUAUUUUCAUUCCAUAUCCUUCUCUCUUAUGGACAAGUGUUCAUCUCACAUUUACCAAACUGGAAAGCAGGUCAAAUCCUCCAGGAAAAAGUAUUCGAUGACCUGUAACAUGACAAAGAGCAUGGAUUCCAGAGGGAAAAUACAUUUUGGAGAAGAAAAAAAAAACAUUUUUUUGUAACAGAAAUGAAGGGCAAGUGUAUGGAAAUGUAAGGGUCUUGGAAUAUUCAGAGUAAAAUAAAGUUAAGAACUCAAGGGAACUGUCCGUGUGGAAUGAAAAGCCUUGUUUCUAAAGUUAGUUAUUUUUACUUUGCUGAGAUGAUUAAAUCAUUCCACUUAAAUGUUUUGAAA